AUGUUCGCAUCGCCAAUGAGCUUAACCUGGGCAUUAUUCGUCCUAGUCCUUGCCGCAUCUUCGGCGGAACACUCGGACACUAUCGAAUCCACUUUAGACUCCAUCAUCCAGAGUGUGAAAGAUUUGCGAAAGGAUUUUGAGAUGAACAAAAUGGGAUUCAAGGAGAUCGGUAAGGGAUUCUACUACAUCGAGGAGAACGAAAAGCAGUCGUGGUACACAGCCCUAUCCACUUGUCGUCGCAUGGGAGCUCAUCUGGCGACCUUUAAGUCCGAGGAGGAACUCAGAGCCGUGGAUGCCGAACUCAACAUCCGCAACAAGGGCUAUUGGAUUGACGCCAAUGACUUGGAUAGAGAGGGACAGUUCAUGUCCUGGACAACCGGCAGUCUUUCACCAUAUCUGAAAUGGAAGAGGGGUGAACCCAAUAACUUGUACAACAAGGAGCACUGUGUCGACCUCUGGGAUGGUCUGAUGAAUGAUGACGACUGUAGCGAUAAGCGCUAUUUCAUUUGCCAGACCGGAGAUGGAAUUUAAAAUGUAAAAGUUUUAAUUAAAUAUUUAAUAAAUGUUCAUUAAAAAGAGGGAAAUCUUAAAAUACGUUUUGAAAUGCUGGGUGACAGGAGUGGAAGAUUUUAAGUUGUACUUAUAAUAUAACAUCCAAAACCAAUCUCAAUGAAAUCCAGGUUUUGCAAGCAAAAACCCUUAGAAGGAUCUCUGGAGCUCCGUGGUUUAUCCGAACAACGUGCCCAAAAUCGGAGACAAGCUGCAAAAACUUUCUCAAAAAUACAUGCAACGUCUAUGAUAAAUGAACAUGAUGAUGAAUAUGGGCUAUUCCCUAAAGAUAGGAGUCCCUAUAUUCAUUGGAAAUCUAAAGGAAUAUACAUUAUUUAUUCACUGGAACACAAUCUCUUCUUGAUAAGCCAUAAUAAUCAUACAUCAACAGAGCAAAUCUCUAGUAGUAAAAAAGCCUGUCACCGUCAGAGUAAGUUAGUUCAGUUUUUAAAUUGAAAAUGUUCGCAUCGCCAAUGAGCUUAACCUGGGCAUUAUUCGUCCUAGUUCUUGCCGCAUCUUCGGCGGAACACUCGGACACUGACCCAUACAUGUUAGACUCCAUCAUCCAGAAUCUGAAAUAUUUGCUCAAGGAUGUGGAGGUGAACAAAACGGGAUUCAAGGAGAUCGGUAAGGGAUUUUACUUCAUCGAGGAGAACCAAAAGCAGUCGUGGCACACAGCCCUAUCCAUUUGUCGGCGCAUGGGAGCUCAUCUGGCGACCUUUCAGUCCGAGGGGGAACUCAACGCCGUGGAUGCCGAACUUAACAUCCGCAACAACGGCUAUUGGAUUGACGCCAAUGACUUGGGCAGAGAGGGACAUUUCGUGUGCUGGACAACGGGCAGUCCCGCACCAUAUUUGAAAUGGAAGAGGGGCGAACCGAAUAACUUGUGCAACAAGGAGCACUGCGUCGAACUCUGGGAUGGUCUGAUGAACGAUGAAGACUGCACCGAUGAGCGCUAUUUCAUUUGCCAGACCGGAGAUGGAAUUUAAAAUGUAAAGGUUUUAAUUACAUAUUUAGUAAAUGUUCAUUAAAGAGAGGAAAUCUUAAAA